UCCGGAGCUGCGCGGCGGAAUGGGCGCGCGUUUGUAACGGCGUGCCUGUGUGUCUGUGAGAGCUCGAUCACCAGCUCCGUGCCGGACCCCCCGCCGAACAGCCAUGAUCACCCUCGCGCACAUGCUGUUUGUCGGGCUGUGCGCAGCUGCGGCCCAUGGCAAAGUUGGCUUCAGGACGGACUGUGAGCGGGACAUGAUGUACACCGUGGUCGACGUCACGCCCGACAUGGAGCGACUCUAUCUCCACAGACUGAAGAACUUCCCCGGCUGCCAACCAGUCCUCAGGAACAACAAGGCCAUAUUUCACAUCAACCUAGCGGACGUUGACGACUUCAGUACAUGCGGCGUCACCAAAAUGGUGAACAAGAAUACGGGGAAGAAGAUCUUUUACCAUCACGUGGUGGUGGAGUAUCCGGUGCGCAUCAAGGACUCGUUCCGUAUCGAGUGUUCUUACACCAGCAACGGCACCGCGGAGGAGGUCAACAUCGUCAAGAGGUCGGCGCAGAACGACCCUUGGCCUAGUGGCUUCCAGGAGCCAGAGAUCCUGGAGAUCACGUCGGAGAUCACGGCGACGGCGCCGACGCCUGAGCUGACGGUGACGGUGCGCCAGGACGGCCAGGUGGUGGACACGUCACUCAACGUGCGGCCCGGCGCGCCGCUCGACAUGCAGAUCGGCCUGGACAAUGCCUCGGCCGGCACCUACGGCAUCAUCGUCAGCGACAUGAUCGUCAGCGACACGAAGAAGCAGGAGGAGCUGCUGCUCACUAAUGGGUGCUCUGUGGAUCCGUAUCUGUUCGGGAAUUUCGGCACAACCAACGGUGACACAUUGAAGGCGAAAUUCCGCGCUUUCAAGUUCCCUGAAACCAACUUCGUGCUGUUCAAGGGGAUUCUGAAUGUCUGUAUCGACAGCUGCGAAGGAGUGCAGUGCAGUAACGGUGAGGUGGGGUACGGUCGGCGGCGGCGGCGCGCGCUCUCCUCCAGUGGCGACCCGAACCAAGUGUUCCAGGUCACCAUGAGCACCAUCCUCAGCGUCCAGUUUGAGGAUGAGGAGACGCGAGUCAAGGCCGGUUUCAUUAGUGGUCGCGAGGAGGAGCCGUUCGCCGUCGGCUACGUCAACCGGGUGCCGCAGUUCGCCGGCGCUCUGACGCGCCGAGAUGGCGCCACCAUCGACCAGCCUGGCCCGUUGGCCAGCUCGUCUGCUGUAGUCGCCGCGUCCGCCACGGCGCUGGUGGUGGCGCUGCUCGUCGCCGUCUAGCCGGCGCAAGCUGACGCGUUUAGGAACGAUGGUGGCAGCAGCCGGCUGUGGUGUGGUCCGGCAUAUCGCAUAUAUGUGUCCCAGGCAGUGGGGGUCAUCUGUCACAGCCGUUUUGCCGUCUGCACACUUCAUGAAACAUUGAGCCAGCCAGUUUCAUAAAGCAAAAGUUACGAAUCUACGCACUUGUGAGUUGCGUCGUAUGAGCUCAUAGACCAAAAACAAGAUAGUUCAACCGACAGGCUCAUUUCAUGACACGACCAUAGGAAAUGACCUGUUUGUUUCCGAUCGUCUGUUUACACGACGCAAUUUAGAAAUGCGUAAGUUAGUAGUCUGCUUUAUAUAACUAGGUUAGGUUUCCGGAAAACUCGUACAGAGUUUUCUUUUCGCAGAGAGUACAACUCGUACUCUCAGCGUUUUUGUAUCCUUAGUUCUCUCGCUCUCAGUCCCCUGCGCCUUGUGUUUGUCUUUCAAGAUGACAUUUUCCAAGCUUUGACCGCCCACAAUCUAAAGUAAGCCGGACUUCUGCCUUAGCGCCACCUGUGACGCGCGCGCCCCCGCAAACACUUUUUGUUUGUCUGCCAAGGCGACAUUUUCCAAGUUUUAACCGCCAACAAUCCAAAGUAAGCUGGAUUUAUGUCUUAGCGCUAGCUGUGACGUGCUGGGACUCUGGCUAAGUGUGAUACCGUAAAGACGCUCGGUUAUGGGAUUCCAAGCCUGUAAGAUUCCCCGAGCGGAUCAACUCUUUAAUACUACCCUGUACCCGCAUUACCCGCAGUCCUAUAGCAACUUGAGAUGACUAGAAGGUCAAUAUGCUACGGGCACCAUUAGCUAUUUGACGCGCUUGUGCUACGUGUAACAUUAGCGGGAUCGCGGGCCGGACGAUGUAUCAAAACUCAGAUAACCCGUUCGUUGGACUCGAGCAAAGCGCAAGAAUGACGUAGCUUUUAGACGGUUGUGUGGCCGGCGAUAACACGAAGACAUAACCUGGCUGGCGGCUGUGCGUCGGGCGCCGCCGGGGGCGGCGCUGCUGGGUCGACGACAUCUGCCCUCGGGCGUCAUCUCCGGUUGCGGUGCAUAACCGGACCUGGCGCCGGGGGCGGCGCCGGCCCGGCCACAGUGUGAACGGCGCCGCCGCCACCCGCCCGUGACGGCAGCGUUCUAGGCCUACUAACGAGCGAAUACAUCCCUAAAACACUG